AUGGAUUCUAGCAAGGGGUUUGUCAACAAAUUUAUGAACUCAGAUAAUGUAACUAAUGACAAGUUUGGAGCCAAUAAAUUGGAUGAAAAGGUGCACUCUGACCCUUCCCUUUCCACAUUCUCUGGGUGUAACGAACGCAAUUGUCACUGUAAAAAUACUGAGACGCAAAAUUACACAUUUAAUCCACCAAACAUGGCAUAUGCCACUGUGCCAUAUUUCCCUUCAGAAAGCAUUGGAAAUUUAAAACAUAGCAUGAAUGGCAGUAAAAUGGACACCAAAAGAUUCUGGUCAAGCGAUAAUUUUGUUAAUGGUGCAAAUGACUAUGAAAAAGGUUUACCUCGGGGCUACUCAAUCUAUCAAGGCUGGGGUGCCAACCCUAACAACACCCAUUAUGGCGAUGGCAUAUAUGAUAGACAUAUUACCCCUCAUAGCAAUGGCAUCAAUAAUGUUAAUUAUCAGACAGCAGAUAAUCUACACAACUUAGAAUACAGUCUGUCACAAAGUUACCCCUUCCGCCCUUUAUACCCCCUUGAACAUUUGAAUCCUGCGAAUGGCCUUGGUAAUAGGUAUAGAAGAAGUUACGGGGGCGCUCCCAGUUACAAUUUAAGCCACGAAGAUAAAAUUCGGCGAAAGAGUACAAAGCCCUUUUGCUGCUAA